AUGCGUGCUAUUGCCAUCUCCUCUUAUUCCACACCGUCAGGAUAUGAGCUGCGAGAUCUGCCCAAGCCCGAGCUGCGUCGAGAAAAUGACGUCAUCAUUAAGGUCCACGCAGCAAGCGUCAACCCGGUGGACGUGAAGCUGGCCUCUGGUCAGAUGAAAAUGGUAUUUCAGAGUUUAUUCCCAUCUCCUAUUGGCUUUGACUGCGCCGGAACCGUCGUCGAGAUAGGCUCAGAAGUCACCAGAUUCAAGGUCGGCGAUGAGGCACUUAGAAAAUACGACGGUGACUUGUCUGGAAAAACCGUGUUCAUACCAGCUGGGUUGAGUGGAACCGGGGCCUAUGCAUGCCAGUUAGCCAAAAAUGUCUUCAAAGCGGGAAAAGUGAUCACCACAGUUUCUACUGCGAAAGUACCAAAAGUUGCGGAAUUACUGGGGGACAACGUAGUUGAUGAAAUAAUCGACUACAAAGAGUCUGAUCCAGCGACCGCAAUCCCCGCCAAAUCGGUGGAUUUUCUCUUCGACACCGUCGGCGUGGCAAUGGAGUAUCUACCACUUGUACGGCAAGAUGGCUGGGUGAUUUCCAUCUCUACCAUGCCGAGUGGAAGCCAGCUUCAGGAGUGGGAUAUCAUGCAUCUACCGCAUAAUCCAACUGUGCCUGCGUAUGUCCGUAUACCGCUGAAUCUGCUGGAUCGGAUGAAACGAUUAAAGGCGCAGCGCUACGGUGCUCACUACGAGUAUAUGUUUCUAACUCCAAGUGGUGAGGAUCUUGAUUCGUUGAGGGCGUGGGUUGAGGAGGGCAAGGUGAGGCCGGUUGUUGGAACGGUGGCUGAUUUUCAUGACAUUGAUGCCAUCAGACGGGUAUGUCAGGUUGUGUAUGAUGGUCAAGGGGGGCUUGGGAAGGUGGUGAUUAGUAUGGUGGAGUAA